AUGUCGACCUUCGAGCCAGUGAUCGUCAUUGACGGCAAGGGCCAUCUUCUUGGUCGUUUGGCCUCAACCGUGGCCAAACAACUCCUCAGUGGCCAGAAAAUCGUCGUCGUUCGCUGCGAGCAAAUCAACAUCUCAGGCGAAUUCUUCCGCUCGAAGCUGAAGUACCAGGCCUUCCUCCGCAAACAGACUCGAUUCAACCCCAAGCGUGGUGGACCAUGGCACUUCCGUUCACCCGCCAUGAUGUUCUGGCGCACUGUCCGCGGUAUGAUGCCUCACAAGACCGAGCGUGGAGCCAAGGCUCUUGAGCGCCUGAAGACCUUCGAGGGUGUCCCACCGCCAUACGACAAGAAGAAGCGUGUUGUCGUCCCACAAGCCCUCCGUGUUCUGCGAUUGAAGCCCGGCCGCAAGUAUUGCACAGUUGGCCGUCUUGGCUACGAGUUCGGCUGGAAAUACCAGGAUGUUGUCGCACGCCUCGAGGAGCGGAGGAAGGUCAAGGGCUUGGCAUACUAUGAGAAGAAGAAGGCCGCACAGAAGAGCCUCGCGGAGGCCAAGUCAAAGGCUGCCAUCCCGGAGAAGGUCAAGCAGCAGCUGGAGCAAUAUGGUUACUAG